GUUAAUUAAUUCAUAUAUAUAUAUUUAUGUAUAGAUAUUUAUCACAUUGAUAUUAUACUAAAGAUAAAAUAUAAUUACAGUUUAUAAUUAGUUCAGUGAGAGUUAACAACGACAAUCAAUAGUGCCUCUCUGUAUUAUAUAUGUUAUAUCGUCGAAAUGAUUCAUUCCCGAAUAAUAUAUAACUAUAAUAUCGAUAAUACAAAGUGUACGUUAACGAUUUCCAUUAAUAAAAUAAAUCAGAAAUCGACUGAUGUUUUCGUCAAAGUAUUACUUGGGAUUAGUGAAAGGAUAGUAGAAUAACAUUUAGAAAACGUGCUUGAAUUCUCCACGAGGAAAAGGUUUUAUCGAGAAAAUCGUACGUGGAAACAAGUAAAAUACGAUUGCAAUCGAUUGAUUAAACGGAGAAGCAAAGGCAAACAAACAACUAUUUCGAUGGUGACAGCAUCUUAAGAAGAAUAAUGUGCAAGUUUUCGUUAAAGUAUUUAAUCGACAUUGCAGAUAGUGAAUGUAUUAAUUGUUCUCUAUGGAUACUAGAGAAAGUAACACUAAUAUUCUAUCUCGAUAUAUAAAUUAUUAUUUUGAAUACCACUGGAGAAUAUAUGAUAAACGGAAUUUAUCAUAAAAAAAAAAGAAGGAAAGAUAAUAUUAAUUAGUUUCGUGAGAAUAGAGAAGAAAAUUCGAAGAAAUAAUUCGAUCGCAAUAUGUCAUGGCGUUGUGGAAAAAUUAGCCUAAUCAUACUUAUCAUUUCGAUCGGUUGUCUCUACCUUCUUGCAUUUUACUUCGACUUGAAUAUAAGAAAUGUUCUCGACUUCAAAGUCAACCAAAAAUUGUUUCCAUACCAAUUGAACAGUAACAGGACGUUCAAGACGAUCUUAUUUUGGAAUGGAAUGUUUGAUCAUAAAGAUUUUUAUUUCGGCCAUGGUGAUAUUUUCAAAUCUUGUCAAGUGAAUGAUUGUUACGCAACUUAUCAUAGAUCUUAUUUUGAUGUCGAUACAUAUGACGCCAUACUUUUUCAUGGUGUCGAAUUAGAUAGGCGAGAUUUGCCUGAUAAAAGAGCUUAUAAUCAACAUUAUAUUUUUGUUAAUUUGGAAAGCCCAGAAAAUAGGCCAAUCGAAGAUGAAUAUUUCGAGAUAUAUUUUAAUAAUACGAUGACUUAUCGAUUGGAUAGUGAUAUUCUAUGGGCUUAUGGAAUUGUUCGCGACAUUAAAACUGAGAAGAUUGUGGCACCUUCUAAUCAUGUCUUCUGGGAUCUUCCUGAUAAUGAUGAUAGCAGUGACGCAUUGUCUACCACGCCACAUUUAAAAGAUGUUACAAGAAUUGCAAAUAAAAAUAAGGAAAUAGCUUGGUUGGUGAGCAAUUGUCGAGCUAAAAGUGGGCGUUGGAACUACGUAAAAGAAUUAUCAAAGUAUAUAAACGUUGAUAUAUAUGGAUAUUGUGGUGACGAUAAUACGUGUCCAUUAUCACGUGAUUGUUUCUACGACAUAUUCGAACCGCAAUAUUACUUUUAUCUCUCCUUCGAAAAUUCAUUGUGCCACGAUUACGUCACGGAGAAGCUUUAUAAAGCAUUGAGAUACAACAUAGUACCGAUCGUUUACGGAGGAGCAAAUUACAGCCGAUUCGCACCACCAAAUUCCUACAUUAAUGCAUUAGAUUACGAUAGUCCAGAAAAAUUAGCCGAAUAUUUAAAACGACUUAUAAAUUAUCCAAACGAAUAUCGACAAUAUUUUAAAUGGAAGACACGUUAUCGUAUAGAAGAUGCAAUACCUAAAGCCGCUUGCAAUCUUUGCAAAUUUCUUCAUACCAAAAACAAAACUAAUAAGUACGUACAAUUAUCAGAUUGGUAUAGCUUUAACAAAUGUCCAUUACAAAGAUUAUUAAUUAACGAUAACUACAUCACAAAAGUGCUCUUUAAUGCGAAACAAAGUUUAGAUAAAAUAUUAUCACCAUGACGAAUAUAAAAUUUAAUUUAUAAUAUAAAACAAGUAUAAUGAAUAA